AAGCAGGAACUUUGACCUUUUGUGGGCAAAAAAUUGGAGAAAGAAAGGAAUGAGUGUAGCAGUAGCAGAGAAGGUGGUGUGUGUGACUGGAGGAGCUGGGUACAUAGCAUCGUGGCUGGUGAAGCUCUUGCUCCUCCGUGGGUACACUGUUAAAGCCACCCUUCGCAACCCAGAUGAUCCAACCAAGAUAGAACACUUACUUGCUCUUGAAGGAGCUAAGGAAAGACUUCAUUUGUUCAAAGCAGACUUACUGGAAGAAGGGUCUUUUGAUUCUAUAGUUGAAGGAUGUGAAGGCGUCUUUCAUACUGCAUCCCCUGUUCUGCUUGAAGUCGCCAACCCAAAGGUAGAAUUAAUCGAUCCUGCAGUGAAUGGAACACUCAAUGUUCUUAGAUCAUGUACAAAGGUUCCUUCUAUUAGAAGAGUGGUAGUAACAUCUUCCAUUGUUGCAACAAUAUUCAAUGGAAAAACUCUAACCCCUGAUGUUGUAGUUGACGAGACCUGGUUUUCAGAUCCAGCUUUUUGUGAGGAAUCAAAGCUUUGGUAUGUGCUUUCAAAGACUCUAGCAGAGGAGGCUGCUUGGAAAUUCGCAAAAGAAAAUGGGAUUGACUUGGUUACAAUGAAUCCUGGGUUCGUGAUCGGCCCUUUCUUACAGCCAACAAUCAAUCUGACUAUGGAGAUAAUUCUCAACUUGAUAAAUGGAGGAGCUCAAACAUUUCCGAGUUCAACUUACAGAUGGGUUGAUGUUAGAGAUGUUGCCAAUGCACAUGUUCAAGCAUUUGAGAUUUCUUCGGCUAGUGGAAGAUAUUGCUUAGUUGAGAGAGUUACGUACUGCUCUGAGGCUAUCAAGAUUUUACAGGAGCUUUACCCUGCUCUCCACCUUCCUCAGAAGAAUGCAGAUGAUGAACCUCCUAUGCCAACCUACCAGAUAUCCAAGGAAAAAGUGAAAAGUCUGGCCAUCGACUUCAUUCCUCUGGAGGUGAGCUUGAAGGAUACCAUGGAGAACUUGAAGGAGAAGAACUUCAUCAAGCUAUGAAUCAUGGAAUUUACAGGCAACUCAUUCAGACAAUGAGAUCAAUGCAAGUGAAAGGUGUCUCACUCUCAGUUCUAAGUCUUGAGAACUUCUUCUGUAGUAUUCAACUGUAAGCUUCUUUAUUAUGAUUCACCAUUCCUCAUUGGUA